AUGAAGACCUUCAUCUUCACCGUAGUGGCGCUCCUCUUCGUCAUCAACGCCGCCCAGGCCACCCUCUUCUUCUGCCAGGACAGCACCUACGACCCGGUCCAGCCGGCCUUUGCCAACUCGGCCAGGUUCAACGCCGAGAGGGCCAUCUUCAAGGAGUUCAGGGACUACUUCGCGCAGAUCACCGCCCACCUCGACCUGGGCAACACCACCGUCGAGGCCAGCGUGCUCAACCAGCUCAACGCCAAGCUCACCCAGAAGGGCUUUGACAACACCGUGCAGAGCUUCACCAUCACUCGCUCCAACGGCGACAUCACCAUCGACACCCAGCUCGGCGUCAACCCUGACAUCGACAACCAUGGCGGCCGCUACUCGCUCGGCAAGCCGAUGUGGUGCCGCGACUUCCAGACGCUGGUGUUCGACUACACCUACGUCACCCGCACCGGUCUGCAGUACCGGUUCUGGUCGCAGGCCGUGCAGACCUCCGUUCUGGAGCAGUGGUUCUCCUUCAGGUGGAACAUCCCCGUCCAGUAA